AGUUCCUGGAGGUAUCUCCAAAGGAAUUUCCGGAGAAAUACUUGCGGGAAUUCUUGGAAGAAGCCUUGCAGGAAUUCCCUGAGGAUCACUGGAGGAUUUUCUGUAGGAAUUCCAGAAAGAAUUCCUGAAUAAAUUCUAGGAGGAAUCAUAAAGCAAUCCCUAGAAGAUUUCCUGAAGGAAUUGCAGAACGGAUUAUUGAAGAAAACACACAAGCAAUUCUUGUAAAAAUCCUCAAGAAAUUCCAAGAAGAGUUUGUGGAGGAACUUCUGGAGAAAUCCUUGUAGCAAUUCCUAAAGGAAUCCAAGGAGGACUCCCGGAAGCAAUUCCAAAAGGAAUUGCUAAGGAAAUUCCUGGAUGAAUUCACUGAGGAGUUCCUGCAAGAAUUUCAGGAGGAAUUUCUUAAAGAAUCCUUAAAGGAGUAACAGGAGGAAUAAAAUAAUCCCUGAAACUAUUCUUGAAAGAUUCAACGGAUAUACUUUCGGGGUGGUGAUGGAAUUCAUCAUCAUUCCCAGAAGAAACAGCAACGGUCACGAAUGAUUCACCACCGCACCACUGUACCAUAAACAUGACACCAAGAACUCCGAUACCAUUAAACCAAUAGGCUAUUUAUCGUAAUUGGUAUUUCUGUCAUCAUAUUGUUGAUCGAUUUUCUGAACAAAGUCAAGUGUACCUAUACAUAUAUCCAAUGAACGAAACUCAAUCGAAAAAUUAGUCGCUUGUAGAUUGAUUCGGAAACUAUGAUUGACUGCUACUGUUCCACGCUACUGAUAAGAUAGCCGCUUCCGUAACAUUGUAACAGCACAUCGAUGAUGCCGAGCCGAGCGCCAACAUAACUGCCAAUCGUUUGGUAACCGUUUCACAGACCGUCAUUUGUCGGGAUGACGUACGCAAUCGUCUUCGCUGUUUGUACCUUCGCCGUGCUUUCACUAGCCGUGGGAGCAGAUCUCCCAGAUCCCUUGCUAGUCGGAGGAACCGAAUCAACAUGGGGUAGCUUCCCUUCGGCUGCUUUCAUCAGAACUCCCACACUGAGCUUCUGCGGAGCAGCAGUCAUCCACCCGGAAUUCGUACUCACGCUGGCGCAAUGCGUACUCAACGGAACUGCCACACACCUGCCGGAACACGUGGAAAUCAUUGCCGGCGAUUUGAAUGUGUUUCCACAGUCUGUGGAGCGGCAGACCAGAAGCGGGCGCGAAAUCAUCGUCCAUCGGAACUUUACCGCGUUCAACCUGCGCAAUGACAUCGCUCUGGUACGGGUUGAUCGGGCGUUCAAGCUGCCGUCCAACACGGUCGAGUUGGCUGUUCGUCGGAAACGGAUCACUCCAAGCGAGGAGGUUUGUCUCCUGCCGGGGUGGAACAUUCAACGAACGACCACAUCCGGUAAGAUCGAAUCCGGCCAGAAGUACCUGAGCGUGGAGAUUUUGGAUCGGGACAUGUGCAACGAGGCGCACAUUCACGAGGGUCGCGUCCGGGAGAGUAUGCUUUGCGGCGGAAACCUCUUUCAGAGCUCGAAUGCUGCCUGCAGUGGAAACCUGGGAUGUCCGCUGUAUUGCGGCGAGCAGUUGGUGGGCUUGAUGUCCUUUGGAGCGAACUGUGGGCUGGCAAAUGAUCCGCCGGUGUUCAGUCAGGUGCGGUAUUUCAACCGGUGGAUUGACGAGGAGAUAUUGGAGCGAGUUGUGAAUUAAAAAUCAUAUGUUCAAUGGAUUGUGAUAAUUUUCAUGAAAUAUGUAAUAAUAUAGAUU